UGGUGUUUUGACGCGCGUAGUGCUGCUUAUUACAACUUUCUGGCAUUGCUUAGAACAACUGCUAGGGGAUCGCGAAAUUUCCGUUGCAUUAGGGCUCUGUAAUAUUUGUAAAGAAAUAUGGCACAGGAUACAAGAAAAGUUAAGACUGGAAAGCAGCAGCUGUCAUCGGGGGUGCAAGGAGAUGAACGCCUUCGUUUUCUCACGCAUACGCUGCUUCCUUUGACUAUCAUGCUGCUUGUGCCAAACGUCGUGGUGUGCCUCAUCUCCUUCGUGGUCUCUCACAGCUCAUCCUCGGCAAAGGCCCUCGAGCUUGGGUUCACAAAUUUCUGGAUCGAAUCCUGGACGGUUCAAACAUUUCUAACUCUGGAAACGUGGGCCUUUAUUGGCGCGUACACAGCUUACAGCGGCCUCUCACUAUUACUGAUUCCCGGUAGUACUUAUUACGGCCCACCAACGUCGACGGGGCACAGGCCUGUGUAUCGGAAGAGCGGCUUCACCUAUUACGUCAUCACUAUGAGCAUAGCGGCUUUCAUUCUCUUAGUCAUCAACGUUCCUUGUCAGACCGUGUACAGGAGGAUGCCCGGAUUUGCUGUCGCUCUAGUACUGUUCGCCUCCAUAAUUUCGCUGCUUCUGUACGUAAAGGGACGAACGUGUCCUUCGCCAGGAGAGCACGGACCAACAGGAAGCGUAGUGUUCGACUUCUACUGGGGUCUAGAGCUGUACCCUCGCAUCGCGGAGCGUCUGGACGUUAAACAGUGGACGAACUGCCGCUUCGGAAUGAUGAUGUGGCAGCUGCUGGUGUUGGUCGGAUGGAAGGCUCAAGUCGAGGCGACCGGCUGGAAUUGGUGUGUGGCGUCUACGUCUAUGUUGCAAACGGUGUACAUCGCCAAGUUUUUCUGGUGGGAAGACGGCUACAUGCAGACCAUUGACAUCACUGUAGACAGAGCAGGUAGGCAAGCUAUCUUUUUUAGUGCUGCUGCAAAGU